AUGAUCUUGAUCAGCCAUCGGGCGUUCAACCAAACCCUUACAGCUCACUUCCUUGAAAGUCAUCGGUGGGCAUGCUGCACAGUUGCCUCCACCCAACAAGAUCUCGAGCGCGUGCGCAAUAUCAUCUACCUUUUGGCGUCGACAGCCGAGUCUCAUCCCAAGCCACAAGCCAAACCCCAUGAACUCCGAACCGUUCCUUACUUCUCUGCUUCCAGUGGCUUGCACGCCAUUUGCUGGGACGCGCACCCUACUGGAAGCGGCACUGAAAGCCUGAAAUCGACCCACAUGAUUGACAUGCGGCUCUGCGUCGACCAGGUUCUGAAACGGCUUACCGAGGGUGCGGGCAAAAUGAGGAAAAAGCAACGUGACGCACAUCGGUAG